AUGAUUAUAUUGCUCCCAGCUUUGAUAUAUUUUGAAGUCAGAAAUCCAGAGGGACAAGCUGCCGUAUUAGAAACCCAUACAGGUGUGGUUAUUGGUAAUGAUUCAACUAGUAUUAUCAAUGAUACACCUAUGGAGUCAGCUUCUGGCAAGGUAACUUAUGCUCACUGCGAGGUUGAAAAAGUCAUCUAUGGAGAUAUGGUGGCUGCAGAAAAUGAUAAGCCAGAAGAUGUGGUAGUUGUUGAUCAUUCACUGAAAGAUAUUGUAACUGAUAGAGCCUCAAAGUCAUCUUCUCGCAAACUGAAGGAUGAUGUUCAAUACCAAAAUGAGAACAGUGUAUCUGAAGACAUUAUAGCUGCUGGAAGUGAAACGCAUAAAGGUGUUGAUAAUGACUGAUUUUGGCAAAUCGUUUAUUCUUUUUUUGAAACGUUUCUAGGAUCUUAUUAAACAAUAUAUUUUAAGAUUAAUAAGUUUUAGAAGAAUUAAAUUGGCAAAUCGUUUAUUCUUUUUUGAAACAAUUCUAGGAUAUUAUUAAGCAAUAUAUUUUUAGAUUAAUGACUAAUUUUGGCAAAAGGGAUAUUAUUCUUCUAG